AUGUCGAUACCUCAACUGUCUCAAAAUGGUUUCGCGAACACUAGCCGCGAUCGACGUCAACAGGCUGCACCUCGUCGCGGGACAGCGUUGACAUCUAUCGCGUACGAAGCUCCAAAACUUGUUCAAUCCCAAAUAUCCGCGUGGAGAAACACAGUCCAAAGCGCAGCAGUCGUGACUGCACUUUUCGCAUCCUUGGCCGCCACGAUACUGGGUGUAAUUCGGCAAGAUCCGGCCAUGGCCGGCAGCCAGGGGCCCGAAAAUACCUUUUUAGUUUUUUCAUCGUAUGCUGCGAUGCUCUUCAAUUCUAUCACCACACUCGCAUCUCUAUUCUUCAUCGACUCUCUUGGCGAUAUCGAACUCAAUGACGCCCAAAAAGGGGGAGAACGCGCAACAGAAGGUUGGAUUAGUCGUCCAGCUUCCAGUCUCUCGCUGCUCAGACAGUUUGGCGCAACCCGGCGGAUUAGAUUCAUCUUCUACCAAUGGUUUGUUCACUUGUGCAUGGGGACUCUGUUCCUGCUGCUCCAAAUCCUCAUGUACAUCUGGAUGCGGGAAAGCAAAGUUCUGUUUAUCGUUCUCGCCUGUCUUACAGCCCCGGCGACUGUCGUGUUAUUCUUAUCCGGCCUAUGGAAAAAUUAA